CUGCCAGCUAUGGCCCAUUCCAAAAAUGGCAGCAGUUCCUAUCAGAGCAAAGUGGAACUUUCCUGUUUUUCUCCAGAUUUAUUCAACUGCCGGGCAUCUUUUUCGGUCUACGUUGUUUUUCUUAGUUUAACUAAACAUUAGCGGUCCGGCGAGGGUUCAGACAGCCACCUCGGACCGAGUGGCUCGGCUCGGGGUGUCGUGUUCGGUCGGGAGAUCACCGGGCUUCCCUCGAAGUUGACGCGGCUCUCCUUUCCACAGCCUCCCCUGACAACAGCCCGCUAAACGCGGAGCAUUGAGCCGAGGCUGGAUAUCGGCGGUAGCUAGCUAAUUAGCAUACCGAUCGCAGACAGACAAGCCACCGGCGUCGUCAGUUUUUCCUUUAGCGGGAAGCCUUCAAGGCAGCUCGGAGAUCCAGGAGACGUGUCGCGUCACUUGUCAGUGGAAACAGAUCUGUGGUGUUAGAUGUCAGCAGCAGUCAGAGUCACACCGACUUUAUUCUGCUCAUAUCAGUUAUCGUAGCCAAUCACAUGGAGAAGCUCCAGGAUUUGGGCCAAUCAGAGCUACAGGAGCUCCUGGACAACCCAGAGAGGGUGGAGUCUAUGGCUCUGGAGUCUGAUGAGAUUCAGAAUAUCCAGCUGGAGCGAGAGAUGGCGCUUGCCUCCAACCGCAGCCUGGCGGAGCAAAACCUGGACAUGAAACCUCGUUUGGAGUCUCUGAAGGAGGCGCUGGUGGCCAGAUACUCUCAGCUAGAGGCCGUCAGGGAAACCUACAGACAGCACUGCUCCCAGAGAGACGGGAUGGUGGGUCAGGUCUCUCCAGAGGCCUUCUUCUCCAGACUACAGACAGAAAGUGAAAAAACCGAGUCUGAGUCCGAGGUUCUGGCGGACGAGUUCCUGGAAGGAUCUCUGUCUUUGGAGUCCUUCUUUGAGCGCUUCCUCCUCCUGCGCUCCCUCGCUCACAAGAGACGGGUGCAGAUGGAGAAACUCCAAGAGAUCCUGCGACGGAGGGACAAGAGCAAUCCCACUGCCAUGAGUUCAUCAGCAGGCGUCGCCCCUAACCCCGCCGCCACGCCCUCCUCCUGGAACCUGCCCACCACGACGGCCACCGCCACGAAUCCACAGCAGCCAAACUCCAACCCUCAGUCCUCCAGCUACCCGAACUCCUCUCAGUCCGCCUCCUCGUCUGCGGUGGGAGCCCCUGGGCUUCCAUACAGCCCGUACCCCGCCUCCCCUCCUAACCGUCCCCCUGUGGCGGCGGCGGCGGCGGCAGCAGGGCCGAUCCCAAACACUCCUCCAUCACAGUUCAGUCCGUACCCGGCUGCAGGCUACUCUGGGCCCAGACCUGCGUUCGGGCCUCCCUCCUCCGUCGCCUGCCCCUACCCGACCCAGCACCCGUUCCCAGCUCCACACCCUGGCUCAGCGUUUGGUCAGUACACCCCCAGCCACCCCCCCAGUGGCCCCGCCCCCUACCCAGCCUCCUACAGCUACGGCGGCUACAGCUACCCAGCCGGGCCGGCGUUUUCCUCUCCUCAGUCUCCACCAGGGAAGCCCAUCUACAGGGCGGGCUACGGCGUUCCCCAGCCGUACUCCUGAAACCCCGCCCCCACUGCCACCCCAUCCCCCCCGCCCUCCCUGAGGUUUUUUCUUUUCCUCUACGCUGCUUCCUCCACAAUCCACUCCAGAGGUCUCUUGCUUUACUUGACUUUGUUGCACUAUUUCAUUAAAUCAGUCUGAAGCAUGCCCCCCCCACACUAGUCUCAGGUCGUUUCAUUGCUUUGAGGUGUUGAGGCGCUCCUCUCCCUCACCGUCUCCCCCCUCAUCCCCCCCUGUUGAAGUGAUGUUCUGUCGUAACACUAAGAACAAUGUGAUCCUCACGACUGUCCGCUCCACCUGGAUGUUUCACUUCUGUCACCGAGGAAACUAAAGCAGACGGAGGAGGAACCUGAAGCAAAGCGUCUCUGUUUUCCUUAUUUUCUCCAUUUCAAUGCAGCUCGGAGUCGUCCUGCCGUCUGAUUGGCUCCCCAGCAGCAGGCGAAGGCCUUCAUGCAAUAGCUGGUGUUCAGAUGGAGCUUCGUUCUGUUGGUGGAAACCAAAGAAAACUUAGUUAACUUAUUUUCCAUCAGCUCUGAGCUACAAUCCAUCUUUGUUUUCUUCUUUUUCUCCACUGAGGGAAUCAUUCUCUGUCGUUGUUGUGUUUAAGUUAAGCCUCGUUUAAAGCAACCUAAGCUGACCACAUUAUGGAGGCCUAGAUGGAAGCUUCACUGGUCGGAGCUGGUUGGGUUCCUGUGGUCAGACAUGGUUCCUGUUAAUCUGGAAAUGAUCAGAACCUAUAAUCUGUGCAUCACACCAACUCUACUGAUUUAUAGGCAACAUCUAAAAUCCACUCUGUGUGAGAAAAUGAACUGUUUUAGAUAAAUACCGGGACAUCCUGCCUUGGAAGCUCCUACCAGCUCCCAACUGCAGCUGAAGGAGAUGCUAGGAUGUGGUUCUACGUAGCGCUGAGCUUCACCAUUUAUUCAGAAACGGGGACGUGUCUCUAAAACUUGGUGCUCUUAUCUGUUCGGGUCCAUCAGGAACCACUGAACUAAGAAAACUGGAGACAUUUCUUUCCAGUGUUGGGAGGGAAUUUAGCUCUGAAUCUGUUCCAGUGAUUCAGCUGAUGGUGGUGCUGAUGAUGGGAGCUGUGGGGGUUCUAAGCUCCUGGGCUGUUUGGAUGAUCAGGUUCCCUUAGAUCCAGCCUGGAGGUCAACCAGAGUAGCGACCUGCAGGAGUCGGGCGCCGCAAGUUGGUCCCAACCAGAGGUUAAUGAGGAGUUUAAGUCGUUUGCUCCUAAACUUCUGGUUUGAGCUUUUUUUUUUGUUCUUAUUGAAGAUCAAGCAAAUGAAGAACAGUUUCCUAAAAUGAAAAAAAGCUUGAACUGACGGUAGAUGUCCGGAUCUGAAAACAUCCCAUAAAACAUCAGUAAUAAAUACAGCAUGUGUUCCUGUGUAACACCGUCUAUCCAAAUAAUAGGACUGGAAGGAAAAAGAU